UUUCCGUUUUCUUUUUUUGUUUAGGCUCGGCAAGCGGCACGAGGUUCAGCUGCAGUCUAGGCGGCCGGUCUGUGAUCCCUUCUGGACGGCACAAGAAACCACCAUGUGUGGCAUCUGGGCCCUGUUUGGAAGUGAUGAAUGCCUCUCAGUUCAGUGUCUCAGUGCUAUGAAAAUAGGCCACAGAGGGCCAGAUGCUUUUCGCUUUGAAAAUGUCAACGGAUUCACCAACUGCUGUUUUGGUUUCCACCGUCUGGCAAUUGUUGACCAGCUGUAUGGAAUGCAACCUCUACGGGUGAAGAAGUUUCCCUACUUAUGGCUGUGUUACAACGGAGAAAUCUACAACUACAAACAGUUGCAAAAACAAUUUGGAUUUGAUUACCAGACCUUGGUAGACGGAGAGGUAAUCCUUCAUCUUUACAACAAAGGAGGGAUAGAGCAGACAGCCUCCAUGCUCGAUGGCGUGUUUGCGUUCAUUCUGCUAGACACAGCGAACAGGAAGGUCUUUCUGGGAAGAGAUACAUAUGGAGUCAGACCACUGUUUAGGGUCCUGACUGAUGAUGGAUUCCUUGGUGUCUGCUCUGAGGCAAAAGGUCUUAUCAACUUGAAGCACUCAAUGUCUUUUGCUCCAAAGGUAGAUCCUUUCCUUCCAGGACACUAUGAAGUGUUGGAUCUAAAGGCAAAUGGCAAAGUUGGAUCGGUGGAACUGGUAAAAUUUCAUGGCCCUAAAGAUAAGCCUCUACAUGCUGAUUACGAUUCACUACAAAACCUGUCCUCAGGUUUUGAUAUUGAAACAGUGAAAAGCAACAUUCGUCUUUUAUUUGAAAAUGCUGUUAGGAAACGCUUGAUGUCUCACCGAAGGAUUGGUUGUCUCUUGUCAGGUGGCUUGGAUUCUAGCUUGGUCGCUGCAGUGCUUCUUAAACUGAUGAAAGAGGCAGACUUUCCCUGCCCUUUACAGACCUUUGCUAUUGGAAUGGAAGAUAGUCCUGACCUUCUGGCUGCUAGAAAGGUAGCGGCUCACAUUGGCAGUGAACACCAUGAGGUCAGUUUCAAUUCUGAAGAAGGGAUUCAGGCACUAGAAGAGGUUGUAAUUUGCUUGGAAACAUAUGACAUCACAACCAUACGAGCUUCAGUAGGUAUGUAUCUGGUCUCCAAGUACAUUCGAAAGAACACAGACAGUGUGGUCAUUUUUUCAGGAGAAGGGUCAGAUGAACUGACCCAAGGCUAUAUCUACUUUCAUAAGGCACCCACACCUGAAGAUGCCGUAGAGGAAAGCGAAAGGCUUCUCAAAGAACUCUACCUUUUUGAUGUUCUUCGUGCUGAUAGAACAACUUCUGCCCAUGGCCUUGAACUGAGAGUUCCGUUUUUGGAUCACCGGUUUACUUCUUAUUACCUGUCUUUGCCUGCAGAACUCAGAAUACCAAAGAAUGGAAUUGAAAAGUAUCUCUUGAGAGAGGCCUUUCAAGAUACAAACUUACUGCCCAAAGAAAUCCUCUGGAGACCCAAAGAAGCCUUUAGCGAUGGAUUAACCUCUGUCAAGAAAUCCUGGUUCUCAAUACUCCAAGAUUAUAUUGACCUUCAGGUUGAGGACUGUUUGCUGGAGAAGGCAGCAGAGAAGUUUCCAUUCAAUCCCCCUAAAACGAAAGAAGGAUAUUACUACCGCCAAAUCUUUGAGAAGCACUACCCAGGACGUUCCAGUUGGGUCCCUCACUACUGGAUGCCAAGAUGGAUCAAAGCCACCGACCCAUCUGCUCGCACACUGCAACAUUACAAAUCGGCCCCAAAAGAAUAGACUUUUCAAACGUUUCUCCCUGUAAGCUGCUUGUUAAUGUGUGGCUCCCUUGGCCCAAAAAAGGACAGCAAGCAAACAAAGCUUUAAAAAUAAAUAAAUAAUCCUUUCAGAUGAAGGGAGACCUUAUCAUUGAUUUAAAACACUGUUGAAAACUAAUAUUUCUAUUUUGCCAAGGCUGGGUUUUUGCACAAGCUAGUAAACUGCAGUUUAAGGCCUAAGGUUAUGAAAGACCUCUAAAUAAAAAAAUAUGACUAAAAAAUAAAUUACCACGGGGGGGGGGGAGGUAAUGCCAUGACUUCCUCUUAGACUCAAUGUAGGGCCUCAGCAUGUCUUAAGCCAGUCCCAUAUUCUACUUAAACUGCAUUUUACAACCAGUAUAGUCUUAAAUAACCUAUUCAAGCCCGUAGCAUUGAUCUACAAUUUGGGCUGCUUAGCCUACAGGUAUUCUGUUUAAACCUCAGUGAAAUAUAAGCCGUCUAAGAGAGCAAUCCCAAGUAGGUCUGCUCAGAAUCCUACCUGGUGUAUUCAGUGAGGCUUACUUAGAAGAACAGAUCUUUAGGGUUGCAUUGUAAUUGUGAAUGAUUGCAGCCUCUAAGUGCAAUUUUCUAACUAUCACUGUGCCUGCUACCUACCAUAACAGUUCUGCUUUUUCUCAUAGUCAGAUCUCUCAACUAGGCGGUUGUAGUCAUAACCUGGUCUUCUUGUUGUUAAUGCAAAACACACACAUUUUUAUAAACCAAACGGUGUUUUUACUAUAGGAGGUUGUUUGUCUUGAGUGUUUGGAAAUAAUGGUGCCUUAAUUUUUAAUAGUUGUUUGAGUGAGAACAUUUCAGUUGGUAUGGUGUUUCUUGGAAAAACCCUAGCAUGAUCAAGCACUAGGGUUCCCUUUUUGACAGAGAUGUUAAAGAUUCAGGAACUCUCUCUUCUACUGUACCUAGUUGCCUCAGUCACUGUGCACAUUUUCAGAUUUUCUCUUUCCCAAGUCUCCCCCCCCCCCCAUUAAGACCAUGGGGAGGUGCAGCCUGGAAUUGGAUCUCUAGUUUCAAGAACAACCUGAACAUUUUGUUGAUGAGAAACUUGUCAAAAUGACCACUGUAAUUUCUAUAUUAUUGGAAGACUUGCUAAUUUUAGCAAUAAAAAUUAACUUUUGUGAUUCUAGUGGCUAUAUAAGCCCCAUUCACAACUGAUACAAUCUAUGUACAGUAUACACUUAAUUUGUCUUUGUAUGUGCACUGAAUAAUUCUCAGGUUACAUUGAAGACAUACAGAUGAAUGUGUGGUUGAAACUGCACACAUAUGCAAGUAUUGGUCCCCUGUUUUCAUUUGUUUCAUUUCUUACAAAGUAGUAUAUGUGUAUACACACAGCUUGUAUGAGCAUUCCCUGUAACGUGAACGGGGCUAGUGAAACCUACAUGUGAUUAUACAGGUACCGUAUGUUUUAAGAGGUUAAGGAUGGUUUUGAGUCUUAAAUUAUAAUCUAGGAAAGGAACCAUACCAUGUUUCAAUAAAAUAACC